AAUAACUCCAUUGAGAUCGAAGCACAACUGAUGGUGGCCAAGUUAGAGUUCGACCUAGACGAAGCCCAGAGACAAUUGGCGGAAGCGCAAUUCAGCGGAGCCAGCGCGCAGCAGAGCAUGCAGGAAGGCGAAGUGGCCUGCAACUUGUCUGUGGCGGAAGCGCGCGCAGAAGCCGAGCAGGCGCGAAGCCAAGCGUUCAUGAUGCAGAAGAAUCUCGACGAGGUCACCGAGGAGAACCGCACCCUCCAGAUUCAGAUCGGACUGGCGAUGAGGGACGCCCAGCGUGGCCAGGAACGGGCCGACACCGCGGAGCGAGUCAACAAGGUCCUCGAGGUCCGCCUGGCCCAGUGGGAGGAGAAAGCCCGCGACGAGCAGACGAUUCUCAAGCGACCAACCGCGAACGUGGGGUCCGUCACGACGGCCCUCCAGCAGUGCCAGGUCAAGGUCUCCGAGCAGCAGACGAGGAUCAACGACUUGACGGAGAAGCUCGAGAAGGCGAAGGUGGCCAGUCCCGCGGGCAAGGUCGAGGAGAAGCUCCGCGCUGACUUCUCGAUGAUCAAAUCGAUGUACGACCGGGAGAAGAGAGCACGCACGGAGGAUCAGAUCCGCUGGUCCAAGGAGAACCGCGAUCUGGAAGAGGAACUCCGCAAGCUGCGCAUUAGCAUCUCGAAUGCGAAGACCCAGCGUCCCAGACGCAGCAGGGCAGCAGCCGGACUGGCCUCCGACCCAUGUGACAUUGAUUGA